AUGUCUAGACAACCUGCUCCAACACAAGAAGAGCUCAGAGAGUUAUUAUCAGCAGGUAGAGGUCUCUAUGAAUUGUUGAACGUCUCUGAAAAUGCCGAUACCAAAGAAAUAACAAACAGCUACAGAAAGUUGGCACUUAAAUAUCAUCCCGACAAGAACAAUGGUAAAACUCUACCACAGAUGUUGGAUAUCAACAAAGCUCAUACCAUUCUUUCGAAUCCUAGAAUGCGUUAUCUAUACGACAAUUAUUCAGUGACAGAGGAAGGUGUUCAUAGAAACGACGAUUUCAACUCACCCUUUGGUUUCCACACCUACGACUACAGCAGAGGUGGCGGUGGUCAAUCCGGUAUUCUCUCACAGGAGGAUUUCGUUGAGCUCAUCAAUGCCAGUAUUGCACUAGGUAUUCAGCUCGUGGCGACACCUCUAAGAAAUAUAGCAAUCUUCACACAAACCAAUGUCGUUGGUGUACUCAGUGGUUACCAGGCAUUCAAACGGCUAUACAACACCCAGGGAAUACGUGGAUUGUGGCGUGGAUCAAUCACACAGCACGCACUCAGUUUCAUUGGUAACAAAGUCAGUCGGUUCAUGACAGGCUUUGUGAUGCUACCCAUCAAAGAAUCCUACCAGCAUCCGCUACUCAAGAGUGUAGUCAGUUCAUUCUUUGAGUAUCCGUUCGAGCUUAUCUUGACUAUAUACAUCGUACGACAAGAGUUUGAUUCUAUCUUUGAAAUAUUCAAUCAUCUGAUAGAAGCUCGUGGCACCAACUCACUUUGGGUCGGAUUCAGCUUGCACAUGACACUCAAUAUAUUGGGAUCACAGCUCGAUCUCCAACUAGCACGUCUCAAAGAAUACUCAUUCGAACAAUACACACGUAAUCCACAAUCAAAGACCUGGCGAUACAUCAACUUUAUACUAUCGAGUACCUUCUGUAACACACUGAUCUACUCAUCGAUCAUGACACCAUUAACAGGACUCUGUUACCAACGACAACUACAAUCACUACUACGAGUCAAAGAACGACAAACCACUUUACAACUACUCAAACGAAACUGGACCAACGGAGGACUAAGCAGGGUCUACGCUGGAUUAAUACCACUCACUUGUUAUUUAAUUAUGAUGGAUAAUAAUUAUGUAUAA